GUGACUCGUGACUCUUCACCAAUCACGGCGGAAUCCAUCAAGCCCACGCUCUGCAGAGUUGUCAUCUACCUACAGAAGGAGAUGUCGGGGGACACGUGUCUAACCACCACCCUUUGUCCAGCUGCAGGGCCCAAGCCCAAAACUUGCAGCUUCAAAGGGGGCAGCCUUGGUAACAAGUAUGUGCGACUAAAUGUUGGGGGCUCUUUAUAUUACACUACCGUACAAGUUCUGACCAGGCACGACACAAUGCUUAAGGCCAUGUUCAGCGGCAGAAUGGAAGUGCUCACAGACAAGGAAGGCUGGAUCCUUAUAGACCGUUGUGGGAAGCACUUCGGAACAAUUUUAAACUAUCUCCGAGACGACACAAUUGCACUUCCAAAACACAGGCAGGAGAUCAAAGAGUUGAUGGCAGAAGCCAAAUAUUAUCUUAUUCAGGGCUUAGUGGACAUGUGCCAAGCAGCCCUGCAGGACAAGAAAGACUUGUAUGAACCUGUCUGUAGCAUCCCUAUUAUCACAUCUCCAAAAGAGGAAGAGAGACUGAUAGAAUCAUCAAUGAAACCCGUUGUUAAGCUGCUCUAUAAUAGAAGCAACAACAAGUACUCCUAUACCAGUAACUCAGAUGACAACUUACUGAAGAACAUAGAGCUGUUUGACAAACUCUCUCUCCGAUUCAAUGGCAGAGUUCUUUUCAUUAAGGAUGUUAUAGGGGAUGAAAUCUGCUGCUGGUCUUUCUAUGGGCAGGGCCGGAAACUUGCUGAAGUCUGUUGUACCUCUAUAGUGUACGCUACAGAGAAGAAGCAAACCAAGGUUGAAUUCCCUGAGGCACGAAUUUAUGAGGAAACACUAAAUGUCUUACUAUAUGAAACACCACGGGUUCCUGAUAACUCUCUGCUGGAAGCAACAAGCAGGAGCCGAAGCCAGGCAUCUCACAGUGAGGAUGAUGAGGGUUUUGAACUUCGUGACCGAGUGCGCCGAAUCCAUGUGAAGAGAUACAGCACCUAUGAUGACCGUCAGCUUGGCCACUAGCAUAUCAGCUGAGGAAAAAGGGUUUGGUGGCAAGGCUUGUAUCGAUAUUCUUUGAGGGAGAUCAGGAAGUAGGGAGGGAUCAGUUGGACUCUGUGGAUGGAUCUUCAUUUGGCUUCUUGGCUCCCUAGAGAAGGAAUGGUAAUUUGACCGCACAAAGCAACACUAAAGGCCAAGGGCUUUCGGAACUAAGAUGUUAAUUUUGCACCAAGUGCUUUAAAUACAGACUGGCCCCCUUUUCAUGUCACGUGAGGAAUGGAAUUUGGAACACCGACUCUGACAGUUUGUGGUUGCUCUUUCAUAUCUAAUGACUUGCCAGUUUUCUUACUUCCUGUGAGAAGUACAGCUUUUCUUGAAUGCGAUGGCAUGAUUUGCAAAUCUUUUUCCAGUUAUCUGCCCUUUUAGGGUUUUAUAUA